AUGGCAGAGAAGAAGGGAAAUAUCUUGAUGGAGAGAUAUGAGAUGGGAAGACUGCUGGGGCAAGGGAGCUUUGCUAAAGUUUACUAUGGUCGUAAUCUCAAGACUUCACAGAGCGUUGCCAUCAAGGUGAUUGACAAAGAGAAGAUAUUCAAGUGCGGGCUUAUGGAUCAAGUAAGGCGAGAGAUAUCUGUAAUGAAGUUGGUGAAACAUCCAAACAUUGUCCAAUUGUAUGAGGUGAUGGCCACCAAAACCAAGAUAUUUUUUGUGCUGGAGUAUGUGAAGGGGGGCGAGCUGUUCAACAAGGUCCAACGAGGAAGGCUGAAAGAAGAUGUUGCUCGCAAGUACUUCCAACAGCUCAAUAGUGCAGUUGACUUCUGCCACAGCCGAGGCGUCUAUCACCGUGAUUUGAAGCCUGAAAAUCUUCUUCUUGAUGAGAACCGCAAUUUAAAGAUCUCUGACUUUGGUUUGAGUGCACUUGCAGAAUGCAAGAGACAAGAUGGGCUGCUUCACACAACUUGUGGUACCCCUGCAUAUGUUGCUCCGGAACUGAUUAGUAAGAAAGGAUAUGAUGGUGCAAAAGCUGACAUCUGGGCUUGUGGAGUCAUCUUGUAUGUAUUGUUGGCUGGUUAUCUCCCUUUUCAGGACAAGAAUUUGAUGGACAUGUAUAAGAAGAUUUACAAAGCAGAGCUCAAAUGGCCAAGCUGGUUUUCUUCAGAUGCCCGGAGGCUUCUGAGACGUAUUCUUGAUCCGAACCCUGGUACACGGAUCUCCUUUUCAGAGAUCUUGGAAAAUUCUUGGUUCCGGACAGGCCUUGACAAGGGACUGAUUACCUAUAACACACGAACGGAGGGCAUUGUUGCUGUUGACAUGGAUCCGACUUGUGAUCCGUUCAGUAGCUGUACGACCGAGACAAUACAAGAAGCAACAGAGCUCACUAACUUGAAUGCUUUUGACAUCAUUUCUCUUUCUUCUGGGUUUGAUCUCUCUGGCAUGUUUGAGGAUAAGUCCAACAAAGAGUCAAAAUUCACAUCUACCAACACAGCUGCAACAAUCAUCACAAAGCUUGAAGACAUUGCAAAGCGCUUGCGGCUAAGACUCAUUAAGAGAGACGGUGGGUUGUUGAAGAUGCAGAGCUCGCAACCAGGAAGGAAAGGCGUAAUGUCCAUAGAUACCGAGAUAUUUCAGAUUGCACCAAAUUUUCAUCUGGUGGAAAUCAGGAAGACCAAUGGUGAUACUCUCGAGUAUCAGAAGGUUGAACAUGAUAUGAGACCGGCUUUGAAAGACAUUGUUUGGGCUUGGAAAGGUGAACUACAUAAGCACGUGUAG